AACAGACUUCCAAUCGUCAUUUGUUGGACUCUUGGUUAUGGCGACAAGCAGUUCUGAUGGUUCUUGUACGGCUCCCGCUGAUUUUCAACUUUCAUCUGAAUUGGAAGACGUUUCAAGUCGACUAAGUGUAAAUCUUCUCAAGUGUCCGUUGUGUCAUUAUAGUCGAAGAAUAUUUUAUUGCAGACAGUGUAUUCAAAAUGGUGAUUUUAUUCACUCAACUUCUGUUUACUCUGAAAGAUUUGCGGAUAAACAAUUGCGGUUGUUACGAUUGAAAGCAGCUCGAGCACAAUUGGAAGAAAAAUGGUCAAAACUUUUUGAAAAAUAUAGACAAAAAGAUAAAUUGGUAUGUGAUAUCAAUAUGUGUAAAGAAAGAGUGAGACUUUUACAGGCUUUAGUAAAUGAAACAAAACAAAGCAUAUAUAAAGGAAAUCAACGACUCAAUGUUUUGAAAGAUAUUAAUUCUCAAUUGGUACAAAGACUACCAAAACAUGAAGAGAGAGUUGAAAAACUUCAUAGAUAUGUCAAUAACUUGAAGAUUAAACAAGAAAAAAAACGAGAGGAUGUUGAUAGAAAACGACAACAGUUAAAAAAAGUUAUAAGAGCUGCAGCUAAACAAUUGGUUCAAUAUAUAUUUCCAUUGAGCCAAGUUGAACCUGAAAGAAGUUUAUACGGAAGCGAAGAAGAGAAUCUUAGUUCAGAUAUCGUAACAUGCGCAUUAGCUGAUGCUUCUGGUACUUCAUAUGUAAGAGGACGUUGGAUUAGCGAAUCUGAAAAUAGUUUAGAAAUGCAUCAUCGUAUUGUUGCACCAACCCUACCAGGUUCUGGUGACUAUAGUGCUUAUUCACUCUGGGUUGCUGCAAGUAAAGACGGAAUCCCAGAAGCUAAUAAAGAAAAUACUGUUAGCAAUCCUGCGUAUAAUAUCAGCGCUGCUUUGACUUAUGCUACACAACUUGUGAAUGUACUUGCUUAUUACAUCAAUGUUCGAUUGCCAUACAAAUUAACAUACAGCGAAUUUUGUGGUAAUGAAAUGUCUGAUCAAAAAUUUGCACGAAAAGUUGCGAGACUUAAUAGCAAUGUAUUGCAUCUUUGUUUUACACAAAAUACAGACCUCAGAGUUUUACAUCCAAUGCAUACUUUGCAAAAUCUCAUACACUUGCUUAAUACAGAAAUAAGUGAUCUUGGCAGAAUUGGUCCCAUGGAAGUAGAUCCAAGUCUAGUAGAACAGUUACAUAAUCAAUUGACUCCUGAUUUAGAAAAUAGUGAUGAUUCAGCUUCUGAUGAAGAGGAAGACGCUUUCAACUGGGAAUGGGAGGCUGUUCCAAAUGUUGCCUGUCCAGAAAUGCAAGUUCCUAAUCCCAGUGCUAUAACUAGCCAACAAUCAUCAAGCAUCCAAGUUAAUCAAAGUGUUGCUGGAGGUUUAGUAACAAGUGCAGCAGCUAGUAUUGCCUCAAUUUGGCGAGGAUGGACUACUAAUAGAUAGAAAAUAAUUUUAACAAACAAAAAGUAAAUAUUUAAUUCAUAAUAACAGUGAUGUGAAUUUUUUCUUUUAUUUUCACGUGUUUGGGAUUAUAUUUUUUUAUGCAAAAUUUGACUUUUUCAUCAACGAAAAUAUAUGUCAAGCACAAUAGACGAUAGUUGACUAAAGUAACUGAGACAAAGUUGGUAGUUGUUAUAAUUAUUAUUCAUUGAAAGAUAAAAAUUAAAUAAUAUUAGUUGAAGUGUAAAUCGUUACAAUAGUUAUAAAACAAAUAUGUGAUAUAUUCAAUUUUACAUAAAAAUUCAAGACUAUUCUUGAAUUAAUUUAUAUUUCAGGAGGAUAAAUAGUUGAUUCUUCUUCAAGUGUAUAAAGUUUUAAUCAAAAUAUCUUUCCUCAUAAGAAAUAAGAAUUUUAUAUAAAAAAAUAAACCACAGUUCACUGAAUAUAUAAAUGUAUAUAUAAUCAGCACAAAUCAACAAAUAAGUACAACUUAAUCGUAGCUAUUUAACGAUAGCAGCGAGUAAAUAAAGAUACUGAUCAAUUUGCUGUGUUCCACUCGUAAUAAAUAAUUAUUAUAUAAUAAAUUAAAUGUGUAUAUAUAAAUAAUAUUGAUUAUAAAUAUUAUAAUUCGUAAUAAGUUUUAAGAAAAAAUAUCAAAUUCAUUUUGCAAAUGACAUCAUUGAGAAAAUCUUUAUAUUGUUAUUAAUUCAUUUAAGUGAUAUUUCUAUGUGAUAUCUCUUAAAUAUUUGGGAUGUUUUUUUUAAUUAUUAUGAAAUAUUAUGUACGUGUUGUGAAAAAACAUACUGUAAUCAUACUUCUCUAUGUGCUAAGAGGAGAUAGAUGAAUCAUUUAGUCGUUUACAAGUGACAAUAAAAAAAAACAAGAAAAAAAA